AAUAAAUCUACCGAGUGUUUCAACUGGAUUGACCAAACCUGGACAUCCGCAGUAUUUGAAGGUCGUUCCCACACUAGUACGUGCUUCAAUGCGGUAAUAAUGUAUGAUGUCAUCACAGGACGUUCUCAAAUGUUUCCAUGUAUGAAGCAUAAGCGACGUGGUUACACAGCGGUCUUAACCGGCAAUGUUGUAGUGGUUAUGGGAGGAAUAAAUGAGAACAGCGAAUAUCUUAAGUCAGUGGAAUGUUUUGAUUUAGAACUUCACGUUUGGCAACACUUGCCUGACAUGCUUGAACCAAGAGCUUAUGCCACUGCUGUUGUCAAACCAAACCUUUGA